AUUUAAGUAUAAUACUAAUGAAUGUAUCACAUAUCUUAUUCCUGGCUAUUAUUAGGAAUGAUAAAAUGUAGCAUCAAAGAUUUGUGGGGAUGGGUUAUUAUAGAAGGGUGAACUGAGUAACUUGUUGCAGGGUUUAUUUUAUUAACAUUAAUGAGAGAAUUUAAGAUUACAGGAGUUUCAUUAGUUGUUCAAAGUCAUAAAUACAGUGUAUAGCUCUUUAAUUUAUGUUUCCAAAUGUUUAAGAGUUUAUGGCUAGAGAUGAAUUACCAAUAAGUCUAAAUUUGAUUUGUUGUACCAAUGAUUUAUUGGUACUAAUGAAGCUGCAAGUUUGUUUGUCUGGGUGGUGAUGGUCUAUACAUGUUUGAUCAUUGAGUUUUAGUGUGUUGUUCUGGUUUCUAUGUAAAAUCAUGUUUUUUGCUUUUUUUGUGACUACAAUUAAGCUUUAUUUAUUUUAUCUCUUAAUUCCAAUUCUUGUUGUAUAAUCACAUUUGGCAUAACAAUAAUGUUGUUAAUUACAUUCAAGAAAAUCAAACACAUUCACAAACAUGGGUUAUUGUAUUGUUGGUAUUUUAUUGUUCCCUCUAAACAUUGCUUUGGACUUUUGUGAAGGUCAAGAUACUGAAUUAUAGAUUCAUUUUGCUUUGCUUUUUUUCCUUCACAGCCCAUACCAUGGCGCUUCCAGCAGAUGGAUCCCCAAUGUUGGAGGGACUUCCAGACAAUGGUAAGGAACACGGUAAGUUGUGGUUAAAUGAAGCCGACCCACCAUCAAACCUUAGUUUUGGUACCGUGUGUCCUUCCAACUUCAUAUUUAAAUCUGGACUUGACAAACAGAAACAGCCCAUUUUGCGUCCAAAGAAGUCUAGACCUAUCGGUACCCUGCAACAUCAGCAGGUAGGUUUUAAAGAGGACGAGGCUUCUUUGACUUCAGGCCGAGCCUGGAGAACAAUGAAGAAGGUGGAUGCUGCGAAGGAGGACGGCCCACCAUCAAAGCUUAGUUUUGGUACCGUGCUUCCUUCCAGCUUUAAAUUCACAUGUGGACUUGACCAAAAGCAAGAGCCCGAUAUGCGUCCAGAGGACUCCAGUCCUAUCAGUAUCUCGCCACAGCCUCCGGCAGGUUGGAAAGAUACUUUAGUAUCUUCUGACCGCCCCAGGAGAACUACAAAGAAGGUGAAUGCUGCAAAGGAGGAUGACCCAUCAUCAAAGCCUAGUCAUCAGGUAGGUUUGAAAGAGGACGCGGCUCAUGUGACAUCUGUGACUGGCAAAAACAGAGAGAGGACAAAGGACAGUGAUGCUGAAGAGCAGCCCCCUGCCCAGAGGACUAAGAUCUCUCUUCCUCCAAGGGGUGACCUUUUCGCCAAGUUCCGCCCUGGCGCAGAAGACCCUGCCAAGAGGACCAGGGACAGUGUUACUGAAGAGGAAGUUGCCGCCAAGAGGACCAACCAUAGUGAUCAGGUCAUUCAAAGCAUCCUCGAACGGUUGGCAUGGAGAUGUGAAAAAGAAUGGGGGAACAAGGCCCAUCCAUCAAGCUCUCUUUUGCAUCCCCGGUGUAGGAGGGAAUUUGAAGAACCCACUCAGUUUCUCCCUUACCUCAGUCUCUCACCAAGGAUGUCGUGUGAGGAUCCUUUUCUCUCAUCCCCUGACUCCAGUCCCUCAUCAUUGACACACUGUGAAGAUCCCAUUUUGUCACCCUGUGUUUUCAGUCCCCCGCCACAGAUGCCAUGUGAGAAUCCCAUUCUGUCACACAUAGAAGAGGAACAAAUACCUUCAACAUCUGGCGGAAUUAUAGCAAGAGGGAGUUCCAAGAACGUGUGGUUUAGACCUAACUACGUCUUGUCAAGUGACUCUGAUUAGAUUGGGAUCUGUAAAAACUGAAGACCUAUUUGGGAAGUCACAUUAGAACAUCAUCAGUUCUGUUGUUUGUUACUAAAGCCAAUGGCUUUCUAGCAGGCCUGUGGAAAACUUAGGUAGCGUCUUGCACCAUUUUUUUUCUUUAUUCCACUACUAGAUUUAUCAUUUUCAAUGUUAAGGAUUCUUGAAGAACUGAAGAAACCUUAGGUAGCGUCUUGCACCGGGUUUUCUUCAUCUUUGUCUUUUCCUCUCAACUUCCUCAUGUUUCAGGGUGUAAUAGCGGUUCUUCUCCACACAGUGCUCUCUGGCAUAGUAAAUUAUUGUAUCCUGUUCCUCCACUAAUCCAUUCUCCAAGUUUUUAAUCUUUCAGGUUUCAGCUGCUCAUCGCUGGAUCCUUUCGCCGUUGUUCAUGUGGUUCCUGUGCUUCUGGACCCCUUAUUUUUCACACUGCUUGUUGGAUCUCCUCAUCCUGUAAUCCUCCACCUUCAGCACCACCAGUCAGAAGGAGGAAGAUAAGAGAACCCUGUUGACAAGAAAAGUAAGAAAACUUAUUUUUAUUUUAAAUAUGGAUAAAAUUGAGGUCAAAUUGUUCUUUCUUCAGUCCAAAUAUAUUCUGUUUAUUAACUCUGUUGUCUUUUCUCUUUAUUUCAUUUCUACGUCAACUCAUGUCACAUGACAUGAGUUGACCAACAAUGACAGCAGAAGAUCAGCUCCUCCUGUAAUCCUCCACCUUCAGCACCACCAGUCAGAAGGAGGAAGAUAAGAGAACCCUGUUGACAA